GAGUGUCAUGAAAAAGGAACAGAAAAGAACCGGCAUUCUUGGUCAAAGGGGAGUUUUCUUUCCCAGUUGGUGGUUACUUCAUGAUUGGAAACGAAGUACCUAGGUGGCUGAAGAGAUUAGAUUUUUAUAGUUAACAGAUGAAGCUGAUAAAAGAAGACAUGAAAAUACUUUCUCUGGGUCAUUAAUGGGUGAUGAGUAAGUAAGCCUGAACAAGACAGAUUUGAAAUGAGGGCAGAACUUUUGAUUUUUUAAAACCAAGUAGGACUUUGAACACUUGUUGAGGAUGUUCUUUUCCCAAAAAUGGAAGAAGAAAACAUUUUCAAAGCAAAGGUGUAAAAAGUGGAAGGGAGUAACAACCAAGAAUUUCAGCUUCAAGAAUUUCAGCUUCAAGAAUUUCAGUACAUCAUCAACUUCUUCAGGCAGACACAGGCACAAGGAUCAUACAUGGGGGUGAUGGUUUCCUAUCCUAGGAACAAGUUUUUAAUUUGGAUUUUGGAGUUCUUAUUUUUCUUUCUUUUUUUUUUUUACAAUGUGUGUUUUGACUCUUCAUGUUAGAUAGAUUUAUGUAAAGGAGGUAAAUCCUGAAUUCAUAGUAUGUUCGACUCUACCACACUGUUUGAUCUGUGAUAUGGAAACAUUAGAGGUUUUAACAUUCCUCGAAGUUUUAUUGGAAGCAAAUCUGUGUCAGGGACACAGUGUAAGUUUUCUCCUUUUGGCAACCCACCUUGCUUUGAAUGAACUGAAUGUCAGCUGGAUUUCACAGCAUAUCUGAUUUACAGUCUUUGUGUUAUCAAGGCCUUAAAUGUUAUGCUUUAUCCUAGGCAGAUGGGAAACACCUUGAGCACUGUGUUUGACAUGUAUGCCUAAGGAAGGGAACUCCCCGAUGGAUCAUGGCGUUAAUGUUUACAGGACAUUUCUUAUUUUUAGCAUUAGUGAUGUUUGCUUUCUCUACUUUUGAGGAAUCUGUGAGCAAUUACUCUGACUGGGCAGUUUUCACAGAUGAUAUAGAUCAGUUUAAGACACAGAAAGUGCAAGACUUCAAACCCAGUCAAAAGCUGAAGAAAAGUAUGCUUCAUCCAAGUUUAUAUUUUGAUGCUGGAGAAAUCCAGGCAAUGAGACAAAAGUCUCGUACAAGCCAUUUGCAUCUGUUUAGAGCUAUCAGAAGUGCAGUAACAGUUAUGCUGUCCAACCCCACAUACUACCUACCUCCACCCAAGCAUGCUGAUUUUGCUGCCAAGUGGAAUGAAAUUUAUGGUAACAAUCUGCCUCCUUUAGCAUUGUACUGUUUGUUAUGUCCAGAAGACAAAGUUGCCUUUGAGUUUGUCUUGGAAUAUAUGGACAGGAUGGUUGGCUACAAAGACUGGCUGGUUGCAAAUGCACCAGGGGAUGAGGUUCCAGUUGGCCAUUCCUUAACGGGUUUCGCCACUGCCUUUGACUUUUUGCAUAACUUACUAGAUGAUCACCGAAAACAAAAAUACCUGGAAAAAGUAUGGGCUGUUACUGAGGAAAUGUAUGAGUAUUCCAAGGUCCGUUCGUGGGGCAAACAGCUUCUCCAUAAUCACCAAGCUACUAACAUGAUAGCAUUACUCACUGGGGCUUUGGUGACUGGGGUAGAUAAAGGUUCUAAAGCAAAUGUGUGGAAACAGGUUGUAGUGGAUGUGAUGGAAAAGACGAUGUUUCUGUUGAAUCACGUUGUCGAUGGUUCUUUGGACGAAGGUGUGGCCUAUGGAAGCUACACAGCUAAAUCAGUCACGCAGUAUGUUUUUCUAGCCCAGCGUCAUUUUAAUAUCAACAACUUGGAUAAUAACUGGUUGAAAAUGCACUUUUGGUUCUAUUACGCCACCCUUUUACCAGGCUUCCAAAGAACUGUGGGUAUAGCAGAUUCCAAUUAUAAUUGGUUUUAUGGUCCAGAGAGCCAGUUAGUUUUUUUGGAUAAGUUUAUCUUAAAGAAUGGAGCUGGGAAUUGGUUAGCUCAGCAAAUUAGAAGGCACCGACCUAAAGAUGGACCAAUGGUCCCCUCCACUGCCCAGAGGUGGAGUACUCUUCACACUGAGUUCAUCUGGUAUGAUCCCCAGCUCACCCCACAGCCUCCUGCUGAAUACGGUACUGCAAAAAUGCACACAUUCCCAAACUGGGGUGUUGUCACCUAUGGGGCUGGGUUGCCAAAUACACAGACCAAUACCUUUGUGUCUUUUAAGUCUGGGAAGCUAGGGGGGCGAGCGGUGUAUGACAUAGUUCACUUUCAGCCAUACUCCUGGAUUGAUGGGUGGAGAAGCUUUAACCCAGGACAUGAACAUCCAGAUCAGAACUCAUUUACUUUUGCCCCCAAUGGGCAAGUGUUUGUUUCUGAAGCUCUCUAUGGACCCAAGCUGAGCCACCUUAACAACGUACUGGUGUUUGCUCCAUCACCCACAAGCCAGUGUAAUAAGCCCUGGGAAGGUCAACUGGGAGAAUGUGCACAGUGGCUCAAGUGGACCGGCGAGGAGGCUGGUGAUGCGGCAGGGGAAAUCGUUACUGCCUCUCAGCAUGGAGAAAUGAUAUUUGUGAGUGGGGAAGCAGUGUCUGCUUACUCUUCAGCAAUGAAGCUGAAAAGUGUGUAUCGUGCUUUGCUUCUCUUAAAUUCCCAGACUUUGCUAGUUGUGGAUCACGUUGAGAAGCAAGACAAUUCCCCAAUAAAAUCUGUCAGUGCCUUCUUUCAUAAUCUGGACAUUGAUUUUAAGUAUAUCCCUUAUAGGUCUAUGAACAGGUACAAUGGCGCCAUGAUGGAUGUGUGGGAUGCACACUACAGAAUGUUCUGGUUUGAUCAUCAUGGCAAUAGUCCCAUUGCUAGCAUACAGGAAGCAGAGCAAGCUGCUGAAUUUAAGAAACGGUGGACUCAAUUUGUUAAUGUUACAUUUCACAUGGAAUCCACAAUCACAAGAAUUGCAUAUGUCUUUUAUGGGCCAUAUGUCAAUGUUUCCAGCUGCAGAUUUAUUGAUAAUUCCAAUUCUGGACUUCAGAUUUCUCUCAAUGUCAAUAAUACUGAACAUGUCGUGUCCAUUGUAACUGACUACCAUAACCUGAAGACAAGAUUCGAUUACCUGGGUUUUGGUGGCUUUGCCAAUGUGGCUGAUCAGGGCCAAAUAACCCGAUUUGGUUUGGGCACUCAAGCAAUAGCAAAGCCUGUAAGACAAGAUAGGGUUAUUUUCCCCUUUGGAUUUAAAUUUAAUAUAGCAGUUGGGUUGAUUUUGUGCAUUAGCUUGGUGAUUUUAACCUUUCAGUGGCGGUUUUACCUUUCCUUUAGAAAGCUAAUGCGGUGGAUCCUAAUCCUUGUUAUUGCCUUGUGGUUUAUUGAGCUGCUGGAUGUGUGGAGCACUUGCUCUCAGCCCCUCUGUGCAAAAUGGGCAAGGACGGAGGCCGAGGCAAGCCCGAAGUCUUUGUCUUCCGAAGGGCACCACCUCGAUCUUCCCUAUGUCGUCAUUACCUCACUUCCUGGUUCAGGAGCUGAAAUUCUCAAACAGCUUUUUUUCAACAGUAGUGAUUUUCUCUACAUCAGAGUUCCUACAGCCUACAUCGAUAUUCCUGAAACUGAAUUUGAAAUUGACUCAUUUGCAGAUGCCUGUGAAUGGAAGGCAUCAGAUAUCCACAGCGUGCAUUUCCGUUUACUCCGAGGCUGGUUGCAGUCCUUAGUUCAAGACACGAAACUACAUUUGCAAAACAUCCAUCUGCAUGAACCCAGUAGGGGUAAACUGGCCCCAUAUUUUACAGCAAAUAAGGACAAAAAAAGAAAAUUGAAAAGGAGAGAGUCUUUGCCAGAACAAAGAAGUAGAAUGAAAGGCACCUUUGAUAGAGAUGCUGAAUAUAUUAGGGCUUUGAGGAGACACCUGGUCUAUUACCCAAGCGCACGUCCUGUGCUCAGCUUAAGCAGCGGGAGCUGGACUUUAAAGCUUCAUUUUUUUCAAGAAGUUUUAGGAGCUUCUAUGAGGGCAUUGUACAUAGUAAGGGACCCUCGGGCAUGGAUUUAUUCAAUGCUGUACAGUAGUAAACCAAGUCUCUACUCUUUGAAAAACGUACCAGAACACUUAGCUAAAUUGUUUAAAAUAGAGGGAGGUAAAGGCAAAUGUAUCUUAAAUUCAGGCUAUGCUUUCGAGUAUGAAUCGUUGAGGAAAGAAUUAUCAAAAUCCAAGUCAAAUGCAGUCUCCCUGUUGUCUCAUUUGUGGCUAGCAAACACAGCAGCGGCCCUGAGAAUAAAUACAGAUUUGCUGCCUACCAGCUACCAGCUGAUCAAGUUUGAAGAUAUUGUACAUUUUCCUCAGAAAACCACUGAAAGGAUUUUUGCCUUUCUUGGGAUACCUUUGUCUCCUGCUAGUUUAAACCAAAUAUUGUUCGCCACCUCCACAAACCUUUUCUAUCUUCCCUAUGAGGGGGAAAUAUCACCAAGUAAUACUAAUGUUUGGAAACAGAACUUGCCUAGAGAUGAAAUUAAACUGAUUGAGAACAUCUGCUGGUCACUGAUGGAGCGUCUAGGAUAUCCAAAGUUUAUGGACUAAAUGCUGCAGGUCAGCAGAGAUUUGCACUAAUCCUUUGCAGCUCGGUUUGUGGAUGUGACGAGUUUGUUUAUUCUUGUACUAUGUGUGUGUGCGUGCGUGCGCGUGUUCAGUUUGUUACUUGCACAGAGAUUAUUUUAAAAAUAGGCCGCAUAUUUGGCCUAGCAGGAUUUAUUUUUAUGUCGCUACUUCCCUUGCCUUUGUUUCUGAAUUUUUUUUCUGCUGAAAUGUUCCUGCUACAGAGGCGUAGAUGAAGUUAUAGGAUGGCGGUCAGUGGAGGUAAGAAGAUUUUACAGGUUUUUGUCUGGCCGUCUCCUCGUCUGUAACUGUGCUGAUCUAUCUUGGAACCUCAAACACUGCUAAAGGCCUUUCAAUUGCUGCUUUGCCCAAGCAUCUCUUGCUUUCAAGAUGGACUACAAAAGUUCCUUAUCUUUUUUAAAAGAUCUUCUAACACAUUUAUCUUGCACCAAAAAAAAAAAAA